AGGAAAUGUGGAGAGACUCUGCCGCUCGGUGCUGACGCAGAAAAACACAAGAUGAAGAAGCAGUUCAACCGGAUGAGACAGCUCGCCAACCAGACUGUGGGCAGGGCGGAGAAGACAGAAGUAUUAAGUGACGACCUGCUGCAGGUGGAGAAACGUCUGGAGCUGGUCAAGCAGGUCUCCCACAGCACCCACAAGAAGCUGACUGCGUGUCUGCAGGGCCAGCAGGGCGUGGACCUGGAGAAGAAGUCCGUCAGGUCGCCCUCGAAAAAGCUUCCUCUCACAACACUCGCACAAUGUUUGGUGGAGGGGGCGGCAGUGCUCGGAGACGAGACUCUACUAGGGAAGAUGCUGAAGCUCUGUGGCGAGACGCAGGACAGCCUCGCCCAGGAGCUCAUCAUGUUCGAGCUCACCAUAGAGAGAGAUGUGGUGGAGCCGCUGUACGACCUCGCCGAGGUGGAAAUCCCAAACAUCCAGAAACAAAGGAAACAUUUAGCAAAACUGGUCCUGGACAUGGACUCUGCACGCACACGGUAUUACCAGUCCACCAAGUCGUCAGGACUGUCCAGCAACCUGCAGCCGACAGGGGCCAAGGCCGACCACCUCAGGGAGGAGAUGGAGGAGGCAGCCAACCGCAUGGAGAUCUGUCGAGAUCAGUUAUCGGCAGACAUGUACAGCUUUGUGGCCAAAGAAAUUGACUAUGCAAGCUACUUCCAGACACUGAUAGAAGUCCAGGCCGAGUACCACAGGAAGUCAUUAGAGCUGCUUCAGAGUGUUCUGCCGCAGAUCAAAGCUCAUCAGGAGACCUGGGUGGAGAAGCCGUGCUAUGGGAAACCAUUAGAGGAGCACUUAGCGCUCAGCGGGAGAGAUAUUGCCUUCCCCAUCGAGGCCUGUGUCACUAUGCUGCUGGAGUGUGGCAUGCAGGAGGAGGGUUUGUUCCGAAUCGCCCCCUCCGCCUCCAAACUGAAGAAGCUGAAGGCGUCUUUGGACUGCGGCGUGCUGGACGUGCAGGAGUACUCCGCAGACCCGCACGCCAUCGCAGGGGCCCUGAAGUCGUACCUGCGGGAGCUGCCUGAGCCUCUGAUGACCUUUGAACUCUACAACGACUGGAUCCAGGCCUCAAACAUUCAAGAUCAAGACAAGAGGCUUCAGGCUCUUCUCAGCGCCUGUGAGAAACUCCCCCCCGCCAACAACAACAACUUUAAGUAUUUGAUCAAAUUUCUCUUCAAACUGACGGAGUACCAGGAUGAGAACAAGAUGACACCCGGAAACAUCGCGAUAGUCCUCGGACCAAACCUGCUCUGGACGCACAACGACGGCAACAUCACGGAGAUGAUGACGACAGUUUCCCUGCAAAUCGUGGGCAUCAUCGAGCCGGUCAUCCAGCACGCCGACUGGUUCUUCCCCGGAGAAAUCGAGUUCAACGUCACAGGGAACUACGGGAGCCCUGUCCACACCAACCACAACGCUAACUACAGCCUGAUGCCGUCUCCGGACUUGGAUCAGAUGGAACGCAAACAGAACGACCAGAGCCGGCGGCCGCUCAGCGUCGCCACGGACAACAUGAUGCUGGAGUUCUAUAAGAAAGACGGCAUUAGGAAGAUACAAAGCAUGGGAGUCAGGGUGAUGGAUACCACUUGGGUGUCGCGCAGGGGCUCGUCGUCCGCGCGUAGCGUCACGCCACCGGCGUGCACCCCCUACCCGCCCACUGACGCGCUCACCCCGAGCAACAAGGGGAAAUGUGCGUCUCCCCUCCCCAUCCCUCCUCCCACUAGCAGUGACCGAGCCAGCUCGGAUGAUGCAUCUUCCAAUUGGUCGGAGUCCUGUUACGCCUACCCCUCCCCCGAGGAGGAGAGGCCGCCUCCCCCUUACCCCUCUUCCUCAUCCUCUUCCUCCUCCUCUUGCUCGUCCUUCUCACUCCCUCACCACCAUUUCUACGCCCGAGCACCUCCGGGUAUGCGUCCCGUCGCUCCCAGCCCUGAAUCCGUGCCUCCCGGCCCGUCCCCUCCCCCCCGCCGCUCCGGCUACAGCCCACCCCCACCCCCCCACUCUCUGUGCCCGUCCCCUCAGCAGCUUGACGUCAACUCCAACCCCAAACCCAGCUCCCUGCACCUCCCCAAACAGGCCUCCCUGUCCGAUGCUCCGCAUGCGUCCCUUUCCGAAACGAAUGGCUCCACCCUUUACAUCAAACCCCCGCUCGUUCUUACUCGUCACGACCUGUUCCUGGGCUCCCCCAAACCCCCCAACACCCCCCUGUCCGCCCCCCCUCCGUGGGCAGCCUGUGCCUGUAGCCGAGAGCGAGGAGCCAAGCCGACUAGCACCCUGAAGAACAAGGAGCUGUCUCCAGUGAUCGGACAGAAGGGAUUCCAAGGAACAGUGACCCCUGGAGGACAGUCGCAGCACUCCGAGCACAGCCCUCACUCCCUGAGGAGAGCAAAGAAACUGGCCCCGAUCCCGCCCAAGGUCCCGUACUGCCAGUCAGGAGCCAUGUCCGACCAGUCGACGGGUCAGCCGUCUCCAGUCAGCUUGUCGCCCACCCCUCCCAGCACCCCCUCCCCUUACGGCUUCAGCUACCCCCAGGGAUACGCCACCAUCGGCUCCCCGUGUCAGGCCCAGAUGGCCUCCACCCCGUCUCUGUCCUCUCCGCCCUCGCUGGCCGGGACUCUGACGAAGGCCAGGCCGACCCCGAAGCCGCCGCGGCAGAGACCCAGCUUACCUCCUCCUCAGCCCCCCUCCACACCCGGCUCCAGUCCGCAGCCUCUGGACACGUCACCGGGUCUCCUGGACGGUUUGUCUCCUGGGGAGAGCAUGUCCACAGAUUCUCUCUGCAACUUGGACAUCCCCGUCAUUGACAUGGAGCUGGACGGUAUUUUUGACUUGCCCCACAUCUCCCCCUUCAGGAACUCGGUGGCGCUGCUCGGUUUGACCAAAGCCAGAGCCGAGUCGGAGGAGGAGUCUGAGAGCACAGUGCUAUGAUGACUCCUCCCACUGUUCCCUCUGACACGCCCCCCGCUCCUCCACCGUGUCACUCAACUCAUUGACCUUUCACCUCUGCAGCUGGAACUCGCUGUCGCUCCUCAUCACAACUCGAUCCGGCAGAAUAAAAACACAAUAAGGUGAUCUCCAUUCCCACAACCCCCCCGAGGUGUUAGACAUGAAGCAGAGCAGGGGGGCGUUUGACAUUUUAUGAUUGGUUUAUUUUUUAUUUAAUCAUGUUUUAUGUUUGUUUUUUGCCUUAUUUGAUCGACUUGCAAUAUUGCCUUUAACUUCCCACACGAGACAGGAAGCAGCUGCCAGGAGGAGCGAGCUCCUCUCUGCUGCUGCGCCUGUUUCUCGUGAGGAAGAGCAACACGGUACUGUACAUCUGUCCUGCCGACACCCGGCUUCUCUCUGCUUUCUCCCCCCUUCAUUCCUCAGGGGUGUCGGCAUGCAACCCCCGAGUCUCUGUCCCACCUGAGUGUUCACUGUGAGCGUGCCAGUGUGUGUGUGUGUGUGUGUGUGUGUGUGUGUGUGUGUGUGUGUGUGUGUGUGUGAGUGUGUUGUGAUUGCUAAUCGUAUUAUAUGACGUUGCACAGUUGGUGUCGUGGAGCAUAAACAGGAAUGCAUGUUUUAGACGUUUAGGAAAAUAAGCACCAGGUUGCAAAGAGGUUGAGUCUCGCUUCUCUCUGUAUUUACACUCAAUCAGAAUAUCAACCGCUGAAUAUUUAUUGUUUAUACUGUACAAUUUCCAGAGUUUAUGACUUGAUUAACAUUGUAAAUCCACUCAGAUCAUAUUUUGUAUCCACUGCAGAGCUAUAAAGACGCCACCUUCCUCAGAUAGAAUAUAACGGACGCUGUCACGGAGCAAGUAUAUAAAACAAACCCCUGAAAAACGACAAA